AUGGCUCAUUCUGAUCGAAAGUCUAAUGACCAAAAAGCGACAGUAAAAGCUAAAUUAACAAAACGAGAACAACGAAUAGAAGAAAAACUCAAAAAUAGAAAGACGCGAUCUUUAUUCGACACCGAUGGUGAUCUAAGUAAACACAACAUUAUCGAAGGAAGUAGGCGUCGACGUACUCGAACAGACAAUACUGAUUCUGCCCUUUCGACAAAGCCUUUAAAAAGAAAGAAACAUCAGCAAGAGCAGCAGCAGCAGCAGCAGCAGCAGCAGCAGCAAAAGCCCUUAUUUAUUGAAAAUGCCAAAAAUAAGCUCUUGCCACCUCUUUCCGGUAAUAUACAGUUGGAUAAUUUGAAAAAGGACUGUAUUGAAGAACGCCUUGGUCGUAUGGCAGCCAUUCAACAACAGCAUAAUGCUUCCGUGAAGGAACUAUACCAUUUAGAACUAUUCCAAAAUAUGCUUGAUUAUGACCCACAUGCUUUUAUCAAUGAUGUUCGAUAUAAUACUUAUGUUGCAGUUUAUGAUUUAUGGAAAUCGUUACAAUUAGAUCCUUCAUUCAAAGUCAAGCUUGAGAAAGAAAAGAAAGAUAAAUGCGAAGCGACCUUACUCGAUCUCCUACAAAGCGCUGUCCAUGAAACUAUUCUAACGGAGAGUAAAGCGAUAGCCGACAAUAAUAAAACGUCCACUUCUAGUACUCCCAGCAUCAUCCUUCAACAGCAGCUCAUUCACACUAUCCAUACAGGUACUGGUUUACGUCGGCAAAACCGCCAAUUCACCACACUUAUGGACUACUUGAAUUCAUUUUAUGCUUCCAUCGAGGGAGGUACCGACGACAUCACACCAGAAGCACGUCUACAAUACAUUGAAAAGGAAAAAGCCAUCCGACAACGGCUUUAUGCACUUGAACAACGAGGUGGUUUCCUUACGCGUCAAUUCCAAAAUAUUGCUCAUUAUAAAAACCCACAUCCACACUCUAUGAGCAAUCACUGCAACCAUCAUCAGCAUUUAAUUAGUACUAUCCCUACCGCUUCAAAACAAUUUCAUAACAUGCACCGUUAUAAAAUCACUCAAGCGAGAAGAUGUGCAAAAGCUAUUGAUCGCUAUUGGGAAACAAUUCGGACACAAGAUGAAAGACGUCAACGUGAAGAAAAGAAAAAGUUGGUACGACUGGCAAAAUGGACAGCGCAGCAAGUCAAAAAGAAAUGGAAGUUAGUAGAAAGGAUAUGUGAGGCUCGUUCAAAAGAAUUGCUAAAAGAACAGCAGGCGGAAGAGGGAAGACGACAUUUGGAAAAGAUUUUGGAACAUUCUGAACAUGUGUUGGGAGCGAGACAAGAAGAGUUGGCUCGUCAUCAACAAAUGCAACAACAACAACAAAAGCAGCAGCAGCAAUUGUCGAGAGAGAAUAGUGUGGUGAGUAUGAGUGGCACCAGUGCAACAACUUGGACGAGCUAUCCAUCCGAGGAGAAUAGUAGUAGCAUCAUGACGGAUGAUCAGCAAGACGAUCUUUGGGAACAAAAUGAAGAAGAACAGGAGGAUGUAAAGGAUCAUAUUUUAGACGAAGAGGAUGUAAUAACAGAAAGCGAAGAUGAUGAUCAAGAAUUGAGAGAAUUGGAAGAAGACCAAAAUCUGUCGGUUGAAGAAUUAAUGAGAAAAUACAACGUUUCAAAUCAAGAAAUAUUGGAAAAAGAGGAGGAUGUAGCGGAUGUAAUCGAAGAAGACGGUGAAGAAGAUGAAAAUGCAGAGGGCGAAUUUGCGUUGACAUCUGAUACGGAGGAUAUACCAAUUGAAGAAGAUGGGGAAAGUGAAAGCGAUACUGAGGAAUUAAAUGCAUUACAAAAUGAAGCUGGCUUGUCUGUCGAAGAACUUUUGCAAAAAUACAACUAUCGACCCGACUUAGUCAGCGAGACAGAAGAGGAAGACGGCGACGAUCAUACAAUCACAGCCGCAAAAAGAGCUCUAUCUUCUGACAAUGUGAAUAAUGAAGAUAACACCAUGAUUUCUUCGUUAAAACGUAGAAAAAUAACAUCGAAUGACGACAGUCCGGAGAGAACGACUCUAUCUGCUCUACUAGAAGAUGAGAAGCCUUCUUCUUCAAAUGAACAGCCUUCUACACUUGGUCAGCCAGAUACUCCAACAGCCUCUGAUACGGUCGAUACUAUUCAACCUACAGGUAAUACACUAGAUACAACAACAGUCAUCACACCUAUUCCAUUUUUAUUACGUGGUACAUUACGAGAGUAUCAACAUGUUGGUCUAGAUUGGCUUGCCAGUCUAUAUAAAAAUGGCCUUAACGGAAUUUUAGCUGAUGAGAUGGGGUUGGGAAAAACGAUUCAGACUAUUUCUUUGCUCGCCUAUCUAGCAUGCGAAAGGAGUGUCUGGGGUCCUCAUCUGAUCGUCGUCCCUACGAGUGUCAUUUUAAAUUGGGAAAUGGAAUUUAAAAAAUGGUUACCCGCCUUCAAAAUUAUGACUUACUACGGAAAUACGAAAGAACGUAAACUCAAACGAUCAGGAUGGUCAAAAGAAAAUGCUUUCCACGUCUGUAUAACUUCCUAUCAAUUAGUUUUGCAAGAUCAAAGUGUGUUUCGGCGAAAGGCAUGGCAUUAUUUGGUUUUGGAUGAAGCCCACCAUAUCAAAAAUUUUCGAUCACAACGGUGGCAAGUCUUACUAAACUUCAAUGCAAAACGUCGUUUGUUAUUGACGGGCACACCUUUACAAAACAAUUUAAUGGAACUAUGGUCUCUAUUGUAUUUUUUGAUGCCGAAUGGAGUGUCGCAACAUAUGCCUGUGGGGUUUGCUAAUUUGAAAGAGUUUCAGGAAUGGUUCUCGCAGCCCGUCGAUCGUUUAAUUAAAAAAGAUAACUAUCAGCGGUCGCCUCACCAGGAAGAUCAACUUAUGCUAGACGAACAGGCUGCUAUGAUUGAAGAAGAAUCCCGAGCGGCUAUUCAGAAAUUGCAUACCGUGCUUCGACCCUAUUUACUAAGACGGCUAAAGAUAGAUGUUGAAAGACAAAUGCCAGAGAAACAUGAACAUAUUGUGUACUGCAAAUUAUCUAAACGGCAACGAUUUCUUUAUGAUGAUUUUAUGAGUCGUGCCAAGACGAAAGAAACGCUGGCUAGUGGUAGUUUUUUGAGUAUUAUUAACUGUCUGAUGCAAUUACGUAAAGUGUGUAAUCAUCCUGACCUGUUCGAAGAGCGACCUAUCUUGACAAGUUUUGCUAUGACUGACGACGUACAGUUCACUGGCCAAAAGAUCGAAGCAAUUAUUCGGCGACGAUUGCUUACUACGUCCACGGACGCAAGAGAAAAGUUGGAUUUGAACUUCUUGAAUCUUGUUGUUACUGAUACCAAUCAAAAUAGAAGAUGGAUAAGUCGCGCUGUAGCUGAUGAUACGAUGCGUCUGGAAGCCGCGAAGGAGAUACUUACUAUGAUUGCCUGUCAGCAAAAACACAUCACGACAGCUGAGUCACAUGGAAUCACCUCAUCCAAGGAUUAUCACGACCUGAAGAAAUAUGCCAAGUAUCGUGAAAUGCGAAAAUACGUACGCGCCAGGGAACGGUGGCAAAUGAUUUACUAUGUUAAUCAUUUCAGGUGUGCUAAGAAACCGCUCUAUGACUCGUCAUUUAUACAGCUUGUUUCACCCUCCGCCUUUUUGAAAUACAAAUUCAACCACGAUCCACGUUACUAUAUGGACAGUUGUGAGUCAUUAUAUCAUGCUAUUCAAAGCUAUAAGCAGAGAAUAGAAAAAAAUCGAGACAUUAUUGAGCAGUUUGGAUUUGUGACGCCUAAAGUUGUGAUUCAUGCAGAAUACCGUCAAAAACAUCAGCAGCCCUCGGAAGCACAGUAUGUACCCUUCAUAGAAAAUAGGACAGACAUAGAACAAUCUGUGGCUUCUGUUGAUGAACUCACGUUGUCACUUAUCAAAGCCAACACGGUGGAGAAUGAUAUCUUCCAUCCUAUUAAAUCUCGUCUCUCCAUUGCUUUUCCCGAUAAAAGAUUGCUUCAAUAUGACUGUGGUAAACUGCAGAAAUUGGACGUGCUUCUGAAGCAGCUGGCCGCUGGAGGUCAUCGCGCUUUAAUUUUUACACAGAUGACUCGUGUGUUGGAUAUUCUGGAAACAUUUUUGAAUAUGCAUGGACAUCGUUACUUACGAUUAGACGGUGCUACUAAGGUGGAACAGCGUCAGGUAUUGACCGAACAUUUUAAUAAUGAUAAACGUAUCUUGUGCUUUAUUUUGUCGACAAGAAGUGGUGGUUUGGGUAUCAAUCUGACAGGUGCAGAUACGGUUAUUUUUUAUGAUUCAGAUUGGAAUCCAUCUAUGGAUAAACAAUGUCAAGACAGAGCCCAUCGAAUUGGUCAAACGCGUGAUGUACAUAUUUAUCGAUUUGUUACUGAAUUUACAAUCGAAGAAAAUAUAUUCAAAAAAGCGAAUCAGAAGAGGAUGUUGGAUAAUGUAGUGAUUCAAGAAGGUGGUUUCACUGAUGAUUAUUUCAAUAAGAAUGAUUGGUGGAAAGACCUUCCUGAAGUUGUUGGAUCAGCAGCGGCAACUUCUUCCUCUCAUCUCAGCAAACAGCUCAACAACGACAAAGAAUACGAGCAAGCAUUGUUGGAAGCAGAAGAUGAAAAUGAUGCCGCUGCUGCUAUUGCAGCUCGAAAAGAGAUGAAUUUGGAUGAACAAGAAUUCGUGGAUGAUAGUCAAAGUAGAUCGAAAGGAAAAGGAAGAAGCGAGUCUGUCAGUCAGCAACCAACGGAAUUAUACACAACGUCAGAACUAAGCACACCAUUGAGUGAAUCUGCAGCGACGAGUGCUACGACACCCUCUGCUGUUUGUUCGCCCCUUCCUUUGAGGCAAGUAAGCGAAGCACCUACGGAGAUGGAGGAGGAUGGAUCUAUGCCGACAGUGACUUCAGUAAAAAAUGACGAAGAAGCUGAUGGUAUUCAAUAUAACCGAGCUGAACAACCCAAUGACGAAGAUGAGGCGGAAGGUGGCAGUGAUAUACAAUUAGAUGUAGGACAUGUGGACCAGUACAUGUUACAAUUCUGGGAAAGAGAAAUGGUUGGCGUGGAUCUUGGAUUUGGUGGGUUUGUUUCCACUACUUCUCAAUAG